AUCAGCACUAGCACAAAGAUUGACAAAAGACAGCAUCUUUAAUCUAGUUAAACCCCAUUUUGUGACAGAUGCAAGAUGCCUUGUACAAUUCUUCCCUAAUAUCCUAUGUAAAAUAACAAUUGAAAAAAAUUUCAGAAAGUAGGUGGAGAAGAUUCCUCCUUCAUCGCCUUGUCCUUUCCCUUUCUUUUUUAUGUUUCUUUCUUUUAAAGAUCGAAUUUUUGGCAUACCCCAGAAUAAAAGCAAGUUAUAGACUUGAAGAAACAAUUGUAACCAUUGAAGGGUUUUAGCUGUUUUGGUUAAAUUUAGUGUUUAGAGAAACAAUGGAUGAUGAGGUGAUGCUGAGAGUUUUUCAAGAAGGUGGAAGGGAUUAUUAUCAGCAGGCACCGUCUACUUCAUCUUCUUCUUCUUCCAUUCUUCAAUCUCUCCCUCUUCAUGUGUCAUUUGAUCAUGGGUACUACUUGCUAGUAAAGUCCAUUCAAGAGCUUAGAUCAAAGAAAGAUGGCCUGGUAACUGUUGGUAUUGGUGGUCCUAGUGGCUCUGGUAAAACAAGCUUAGCUGAUAAAGUGGUAUCUGUGAUUGGUUGCACCAUUAUAUCAAUGGAGAACUAUCGCACUGGAUUAGAUGAUGGAAAUGAUUUGGAUUUCAUAGAUUUUGAUCUUCUCGUUCAGAAUCUUGAGGAUUUGAUAAGUGGGCGAGAUACAUCAAUUCCAUUGUUUGAUUUCCAAGGAAGGAAACGAAUUGGUUCUGAAAAGAUAAAAAGUAUUUCCUCAGGAGUUGUGAUAGUUGAUGGUACUUAUGCACUACAUUCAAGAUUGCGCUCUUUGCUGGACAUAAGAGUUGCAGUGGUUGGUGGUGUCCACUUUAGUCUUCUUUCAAAGGUCCAAUAUGAUAUUGGGGAGUCUUGUUCACUAGACUACCUCAUUGACAGCAUAUUUCCACAGUUCAGAAAACACAUUGAGCCAGAUCUUCAUCAUGCACAGAUCAGAAUUAACAACAGUUUCGUCUCAUCAUUUAGGGAGCCAAUUUACAAACUCAAGUGCAAAAGUGAGUCUCAAAACGGACAUGAAGAUUACUUUUUUCAUGGAAAGGAGAAAAUACUGGAUAAUUUUAUUGAGAUGUAUCUGAGACCUCCAUCUGCCAGUGAAGAAGCACGAAUAAUUGAUUGGAUUAAGGUGCGGCAAUCGGGUAUCAAGUACUAUCUCUCACUAGGCGACCAAAGGAUUGUUGACAAAUAUUACAUUAUCCGGCCAAAAGCUGAAUUUGAGGUUGGAAGGAUGACCCUGGGUGGACUUCUGGCCCUCGGUUAUACUGUUGUAGCAAGUUAUAAACGAGCAUCGACCUCGGUCUUUGAGGGCAACCUUUCAGUUUCUCUUGAAACAAUUGAUACCCUUGGGGAGACUUAUAUGGUGCUGAGAGGCACAAAUAGGAAAAUGGUUGGAGAUGAAGCUGCAAGGAUGGGUGUCAGUGGGCCAUGGAUCACUAAAUCUUAUCUGGAAAUGAUGCUUGAGAGAAAAGGGGUUCCCCGUCUGAACACACCUCCUCCUUUAUCUAGUGCACCAUUGGAUAGUUCUCAAGUGAGGUUGAUUACAGCUCCAAAGCCUGUUCGUAUCACUCCCAACCUGAUUAACCGGCUUGAGGACUUAUCUCAGCCAUGGACUCGAUCCCCAACGAAGUCCAAAAUGGAACCUGUUACAGCAACGUGGCAUUUCAUCCCACGGGAAACUCCACUUGCUGAGGGCGCAAUUGUUGAUCCUUCUUCUUCCAGGGCACCUGUACAGCUUGCUCCGAUCCCUGAUAUAUUUGACUUGGAUAGAGGAUUGCUUCUUGCUGUUCAAGCGAUUCAAGCUUUACUGGAGAACAAUGGCCUCCCAGUUAUAGUUGGAAUUGGAGGUCCAAGUGGAUCUGGAAAAACAAGUUUGGCUCGUAAGAUGGCUAAUAUUGUUGGUUGUGAAGUGGUUUCCCUUGAAAGCUAUUACAAAUCUGAACACGUAAAGGAUUUCAAGUAUGAUGAUUUUUGCUCUGUUGAUCUAGCUCUGCUUUCUAAGAAUAUUGAUGACAUAAGAAGUCGACGAAGAACAAAAGUUCCGAUGUUUGACCUUGAGAGUGGUGCUCGAACAGGCUUUAGGGAACUUGAGGUUUCUGAAGAUUGUGGAGUGGUUAUCUUUGAAGGUGUUUAUGCUUUGCACCCAGAUAUCCGGAGAUCACUGGACUUGUGGAUUGCUGUUGUUGGUGGUGUUCAUUCCCAUCUUAUUUCCCGAGUCCAAAGAGACAAAAGUAAAGUGGGCUGCUUUAUGUCUCAUAAUGAAAUUAUGACAACAGUGUUUCCAAUCUUCCAGCAGCAUAUUGAGCCACAUCUUGUUCAUGCCCAUCUUAAAAUUCGAAAUGACUUCGAUCCAGUGCUUUCCCCUGAGAGCUCGCUGUUUGUAUUGAAAACUAAUAAGCAAGUUGCUUAUCAAGAUAUUCUGAAGAUUCUUGAUCCUAGCAAAUUAUGCAGUUCUGUUCAAAGUUUUAUAGAUAUAUAUAUAAGGCUUCCUGGAUUACCUGCUAAUGGCCAUCUAAAAGAAAGUGAUUGUAUACGAGUUAGAAUAUGUGAAGGAAGAUUUGCUCUGCUGAUACGAGAGCCCAUAAGAGAAGGAAAUUUUAUCAUACAGCCAAAAGUUGACUUUGAUAUCAGCAUUAGUACUGUUGCUGGGCUUCUCAACCUGGGAUAUCAGGCUGUUGCAUUUAUUGAAGCAACUGCAUACAUAUACCAAGAUGGAAAGAUCCUUAUUGAGGUUGAUCAUCUACAAGAUGUCCCGAGUCCUUAUAUACAAGUAAAAGGUGUCAAUAGAGAUAUUGUUGCUGCUGCUGGUUCUACCCUAAAGCUGGAUGGUUCAUAUACCACAAAGAGUUAUCUUGAAAUAAUUCUGGAAAGAUUACCGGGAGGUUCAAGUGGGAUACACUCUCAGCAGGCGGCAAAGCUGCAAGAACUUCUGGAAUUUAUACAGUCCCAGGGUUGCAAUUCAGUUUCUGAGUCUUCGCCAAGCAGAGAAGUUUCUCCAUUAGAAGGCGUAAUAGAAGAUAUGCAGUCAAGGAUCAGAAGACUUGAACGAUGGCAUACAAUCAACACUGUGCUGUGGACAUUUCUAUUGUCCGCUUUUGUAGGUUAUUCCCUCUACCAAAGGAAACGUCAGUAGGUCUCUUGUCGAAUUGAUUACAGAGAGUGCCUUUUCUGACAGUAACUACUUCGAGACUGACAGACUCCUAAAAUCUCCGGCUACUUUCGAAAAUUAUUUGAAGAGGCAGCAACUGCGAUACAGCCUUUGGCUUACUGAUUCAGAUGGUACUGAGUUCAUUAUGGUUUAGCAAACUACCUUAUCUGUAUCUGUAAAUCCAGUUUUUUUUUUUUAAAGAUUUUUAACAAACAACCCAAUAAAUUUUUAGACACUAAAUUUUAUGUAUU